GCUGCAGACCUAUUUUUCUCUCUGUAUAAUUAUCUCCGUGCGAUCAACAUUCACCAAUCGUAUCCCAAAACCCUUCUCCAAAAAAACCCUAGAAAUUCACGAUCGGCUAAAAAAGCAGAAAAUUCAUCUCUUCAAUUUGUUUUAUCGCCUCUUCAUAUCUUAAUCUCAUUUCUCCAGCGCCCGAUCCGCCUCAUUGAUUUUAUCUACUAUUUUUCUUUUCAGUUUGCUGAUAGAACUCAUAUCCGAUCGAUUCUAGGCUAUAGAAUCGGUCGACUUUGUAGUUUGUUAUUCCAAUCAGGCAAUGGUUUCAUUUGGUUGAUUUCAAUAUGAAGUUGAAACGGAGGAGAGCUGUUGAAGUGCCUCCAAGGAUUAAAUAUUUCAUCAACAAUGUUACUUCUACUCCUCUUGAAAAUAUUGAGGAACCGCUGAAAAGUUUUGUUUGGGAGUUUGAAAAGGGAGAUUUUCAUCACUGGGUCGAUCUUUUUAAUCAUUUUGAUACCUUUUUUGAGAAAUACAUAAAACCAAGGAAGGAUUUGCAGCUUGAUGACAACUUUUUGGAGUCUGAUCCUCCCUUCCCUAGGGAGGCUAUUAUUCAGAUUCUGCGUGUUAUAAGGGUAAUCUUGGAGAACUGCACAAAUAAGCACUUCUAUAGCUCAUACGAGCAUCAUUUGUCGUCUCUGCUUACUUCCACUGAUGCAGAUGUAGUUGAGGCAUGCUUGCAAACUUUGGCUGCUUUUUUAAAGAAAACAAUUGGGAAGUAUAUCAUAAGAGAUACUUCUCUCAGGUCAAAAUUGUUUGCUUUUGCACAAGGUUGGGGAGGAAAAGAAGAAGGCCUCGGAUUAGUUGCUUGUGCUGUGCAGAAUGGUUCUGAUGCAGUUGCUCGUCAGUUGGGUUGCACCUUACACUUUGAGUUCUAUGCUGUAAAUGAAUCUUUAAAUGAGUUAGGUACUGCAGAGCAACAUCCCCAAGGGCUACAAAUCAUUCAUUUGCCCAAUGUUGAUAACAGAAAGGAGUCUGAUUUGGAGCUGUUGAAUAAAUUAGUUGUAGAGUACAGAGUUCCCCCUAGUUUGAGAUUUUCUCUUUUGACAAGAUUGCGAUUUGCGAGGGCUUUUAGCUCCCUUGCCAUGCGACAACAAUAUACAUGCAUUCGCCUGUAUGCCUUUGUAGUUCUUGUUCAAGCAUGUACUGAUGCUGAUGACUUGGUCUCUUUCUUUAAUGCUGAGCCGGAAUUCAUCAAUGAAUUGGUUACCUUGUUAAGCUAUGAAGCUGCGAUCCCUGAGAAGAUUCGGAUUUUGAGUAUUCUUUCCUUGGUUGCCAUUUGUCAGGAUCGAGCACGUCAGCCUACUGUAUUGACUGCUGUAACAUCUGGUGGGCACCGUGGUAUUCUAUCUAGCCUUAUGCAAAAAGCCAUUGAUUCCAUUGUGAAUAGUUCAUCAAAAUGGUCUGUUGUUUUUGCGGAGGCUUUGUUAUCUCUCGUCACUGUUUUGGUCUCAUCAUCAUCAGGCUGCUCAGCCAUGCGCGAAGCAGGAUUUAUACCUACUCUUUUGCCUCUACUUAAAGAUAUGGACCCUCAGCAUUUGCAUUUGGUCAGCAUGGCUGUACAUGUGCUAGAAGCCUUCAUGGAUUACAGCAACCCUGCUGCUGCACUUUUCAGGGACUUGGGUGGUUUGGAUGAUACCAUAUCACGUCUAAAGGUAGAAGUGUCUCAUAUAGAAAAUGGCUCAAAGCAGCUAAGCUCUUCCAUUGUUGACCUUGACAGUUCUGAAUCUAGCAGUUCACAAGCAGUCACGGAGUCUUCUUCUGAUCUAGAUAACAUGCAGCCUCUUUAUUCAGAAGCAUUGGUUGCAUAUCAUCGACGGUUACUGAUGAAAGCCUUGUUGCGUGCAAUAUCCUUGGGAACCUAUGCUCCUGGAGCCACUGCUCGUAUUUCUGGUUCAGAAGAGAGCUUGCUGCCACGUUGCUUAUCCAUAAUUUUCAGGAGAGCAAAAGAUUUUGGUGGUGGGUUGUUCUCUCUUGCUGCAACUGUGAUGAGUGAUCUCAUUCACAAAGAUCCUACCUGCUUUGGUGCUCUAGAAGAGGCAGGUCUUCCUGCCACGUUUAUGGAUGCUAUUAUGGACGGUGUAUUAUGUUCUUCUGAAGCUAUUAGUUGCAUACCGCAGUGCCUCGAUGCCUUGUGUUUGAAUAACAAUGGCCUUCAGGCUGUGAAAGAUCACAAUGCUUUAAGGUGCUUUGUGAAAAUUUUUACAUCUAGGACAUACUUGCGUGCCCUUACUGGUGACACUCCAGGUUCCUUGUCUAGUGGUCUGGAUGAACUAAUGCGUCAUGCUUCACAAUUGCGUGGACCUGGAGUGGAUAUGUUGAUUGAAAUACUGAACAACAUUGCAAAACUUGGUUCUGGCCCUGAAUCUGCUUCCUCUACCGAUUCGCCAGGCUCUACUGGACAUGUCCCCAUGGAAACUGAUGUUGAGGAUAAGUGCAUGGCUGUAGCAGAUGGUAGGGAUUUGUGCAAGGUUGAAAGCUCGGAGCAAGCAGUUGAAACAUCUUUGGAUGCCUCAAUAGUAAAUAUUGAAUCUUUUCUUCCUGAUUGUAUAGGCAAUGCUGCUCGUCUUCUUGAAACAAUCCUACAGAAUUCUGAUGCCUGCCGUAUCUUUGUUGAGAAAAAGGGAAUUGAGGCUGUCUUGCAGUUGUUUGUGUUGCCUUCCAUGCCUCUUUCCGUUUCUGUUGGUCAAAGCAUAUCUGUUGCAUUUAAGAACUUCUCCCCGCAGCACUCUGUUUCUCUAGCUCGUGCAGUAUGUUCCUUCUUGAGAGACCAUUUGAAGGCGACAGUUGAACUUUUAGUUUCAGUGGAAGGCAUGCCACUUGCUCAGCUGGAAGUUGCACAGAGAUCGAAAUUCUUGAGAUGCCUUUCCAGUCUUGAAGGGAUACUGUCUCUUGCCAAUUCUUUGUUGAAGGGUACAACUACCAUUAUUUCUGAACUCGGUUCGGCAGAUUCUGAUGUGUUUAAGGAUCUUGGCAGGGUUUAUAGGGAUACACUAUGGCAAGUAUCUUUGUGUUGUGACACAAAGGCUGACGAGAAGCGGAAUGUUGAAGCAGAGCCUGAAAGUGCUGAGGGUGGUGCUUCUAAUGCAGCUGGAAGAGAGAGUGACGAUGAUGCAAACAUUGUCUCGUACAGGUAUACAAAUCCAGUUACUGUCAGGACGAGUUCUCACUCCCCUUGGGGUCUGGAACGGGAGUUUAUUUCUGUUGUUCGUUCAAGUGAAGGUUUUAAUCGUCGUAGUCGACAUGGUUUGGCACGUUUAAGGGGAGCAAGGGCUGGCAGGCAUUUGGAAUCUUUGCAAAUAGAUCCUGAAAGUGCAGCUAAUGGCACAGAGCCUGCUACCCAGGAUUUGAAGAAGAAAAGUCCUGAGGUUCUUGUUUUAGAGACACUUACAAAACUUGCUUCCAGCAUACGUACUUUCUUCACUGCUCUUGUCAAGGGAUUUACAUCUCCAAACCGUCGAAGGACUGAGACAGGAUCUUUGAGUUCAGCUUCAAAAAUCAUUGGAAGUGCCUUAUCUAAAGUUUUUCAAGAGGCUUUUGGGUUUUCAGGAUAUUCUUACUCUUCUGGGCAUGAAAUUUCACUGUCAGUCAAGUGUCGCUAUCUUGGGAAGUUGGUUGAUGAUAUGGUGGCUCUUACAUUUGAUGGUAGGCGUCGGACCUGUUACACAGUGAUGAUCAACAAUUUUUAUGUUCAUGGAGCUUUUAAGGAGGUUCUAAGAACAUUUGAAGCUACAAGUGCGUUGCUGUGGACACUACCUUAUUCGCUUCCAGCUUCUGGUCUUGAUCAUGAAAAGAAUGCUGAGGAAGGCAAAUUGUCUCACAGUUCGUGGCUGCUUGAUACAUUGCAGAGUUAUUGUCGCCUUCUUGAAUAUUUUAUCAAUUCUUCUUUGCUGUUGUCUCCAACCUCAGCAUCCCAGGCACAGCUGCUUGUGCAACCUGUUGCAGUUGGUCUGUCUAUUGGAUUGUUUCCUGUUCCUAAGGACCCUGAAGUGUUUGUUCGUAUGCUGCAGUCUCAGGUUCUGGAUGCUAUAGUUCCCAUCUGGAAUCACCCUUUGUUUCCAAAUUGUAAUCCAGUUUUUAUAACUUCUAUUAUUUCACUAAUCACUCAUGUAUAUUCUGGUGUUGGUGAUGUUAAACAAAAUCGUAGUGGGUUGUUAGGGAAUACAAACCAACGUUUGGUGGCUCCACCACCUGAUGAAGCUACCAUUGCUACCAUUGUUGAGAUGGGGUUCUCAAGAGCAAGAGCUGAGGAGGCAUUAAGAAGAGUGGAAACUAAUAGUGUCGAAAUGGCUAUGGAAUGGUUAUUUAGUCAUGCUGAAGAUCCUGUGCUGGAGGAUGAUGAAUUGGCUCGUGCACUUGCUUUAUCUCUAGGAAAUUCCUCAGAAGCAUCUAAAGUCGAUAACACAGAAAAAUCAGUGGAUGUUUUGGCAGAAGAGGAACAAAUUAAGACCCCUUCUGUUGAUGACAUCCUUGCUGCAACAAUGAAGUUGUUUCACAGUAGUGAUUCAAUGGCUUUCCAGUUGACAGAUUUGCUUGUGACUCUUUGCAAUAGGAACAAAGGAGAAGACCGUGAUCGGGUGAUUCCUUAUCUUGUAAAGCAGCUAAAGCAGUGCCCCAUGGAAUUCUCAAAGGAUAAUAGUGCAUUGUGCAUGGUUUCACAUACUUUAGCAUUGAUUUUAUCUGAAGAUGAAAAUGCUCGACAAAUUGCUGUGCAGAGUGGCAUUGUCCCAUUGGCAAUUGAUAUCUUGAUGAACUUCAAAGCAAGGACUACUUCAGGAAAUGAGAUUUUGAGCCCGAAAUGUAUUAGUGCUUUACUUCUAAUCCUGGAUAAUUUGUUGCAAUCCAGGCCCAGAAUCUCUCGUGAAAGUACAGAAGAGACUGCAGCAGGACCAAUACCUGACUCAUCAGAGGAACAUGUUGCAUCUCCAGUUCUGGAAGAUGUUGCUGAGAAAAAAUCCACUCCUCUUUUGCAGGAUAAAGAAAGUAGCACCAUCUUUGAGAAAACAUUUGGAAAACCUACAGGCUUUUUGACGAUGGAAGAUUGUGGUAAUGUAUUGAUUAUUGCUUGUGACUUGAUAAACCAGCAUGUACCAGCUUUGGUUAUGCAGGCCGUUCUUCAGUUAUGUGCUCGCUUGACAAAACAACAUGCUCUGGCUUUGCAAUUUCUUGAAAAUGGUGGCUUGGCAGCUCUAUUUGGUCUUCCAAGGAGUUGCUUUUUUCCAGGGUAUGAUACCUUGGCAUCUGCAAUUAUUCGACAUCUUAUUGAAGACCCUCAGACACUGCAAACAGCUAUGGAAUUGGAGAUACGACAAACUCUAAGUGGAAAUCGUCAUGUUGGUCGUGUCUCUGUUAGAACAUUUUUGACAUCAAUGGCACCUGUUAUAUCUAGAGAUCCAGGGGUCUUUAUGAAAGCAGCAACUGCUGUUUGUCAGUUGGAAUCAUCUGGAGGAAGGACCACAAUUGUGUUAUCAAAAGAAAAAGAUCGAGAGAAGGAGAAAGAGAAACAAAAAGCUUCUGGUGUUGAAGCUGGGAUGGCUUCCAAUGAUUCUGUUCGAAUAUCUGAUCAUAAAAUGCAUGAUGGACCUGCAAAGUGCUCUAAAGCCCACAAGAAGGUUCCUGUGAAUCUCACUCUGGUGGUGGAUCAACUUCUUGAAAUUGUAUUGACAUUUCCAUUGAAGAAAAGUGACGAAGAUUUCGCUGCUUAUGAGAAUGCUAUGGAGGUAGAUGAAUCUACAACCAAGAUAAAGGGAAAGUCCAAGGUUGAUGAGACGAGGAAUGCUGAGACAAAUAGUUUUUCAGAGAAAUCUGCAGGUCUGGCUAAGGUGACAUUUGUUCUCAAGUUACUGAGUGAUAUUCUUUUGAUGUAUGUACAUACUGCUGGAGUAAUUUUGAGACGGGGUAUUGAACUGUCUCAACUUCGGGGAUCUAAUCAAUUAGACUGCUCUGGACAGGGUGGAAUCAUCCAUCAUGUUUUACAUCGGCUUCUUCCCCUUCCAAUUGAUAAAACUGCAGGUCCAGACGAAUGGAAAAAUAAGCUUUCUGAAAAGGCUUCCUACUUUUUGGUUGUUCUUUCCAGCCGCUCAGGUGAAGGGCGUAGGCGAGUGAUUAACGAACUUGCAAAAGCAUUAUCUCCAUUUUCAAAUUCAGAAAGUAAUUCAUCCAGUUGUAGCUUUUUGCCAGAUAAAAAGGUCCUUGCUUUUGUUGAUUUGGUAUAUGCUAUUUUAUCUAAGAACUCAUCUUCCAGUAAUUUACCUGGCUCUGGUUGCUCUCCUGAUGUGGCCAAAAGCAUGAUAGAAGAGGGGAUGGCUCGGUGUUUGUCUGGCAUUCUGCAGAAACUCGAUUUGGACCACCCUGAUGCUCCAAAAAUUGUGAAUCUCAUACUCAAGUCUUUGGAAAGCCUAACAAGAGCUGCUAAUGCUAGUGAGCAACUAGCAAAGUCUGACUGUUUGAACAAGAAAAAAGCUGUUGGCGUCAGUGGAAGAUCUGAUGAGAAUGUAAAUGUAACCUCAGCCUCUCGAACAGCAGAGUCUAAUGGUCAUGGAAACUGCCAACAGGAAGCCACGGGUGCUGCAAGUUCAGAACAACAGCCUCCAGAAAGCUCCCAAAAUGGAGGUGAUGGGGGUAGAGAUUCAAUCCAGUCUAUGGAGCAUGAAAUGAGGAUAGAGGAGUCUGCAAAUGGAAAUCCACCUUUGGAACUUGGGUUGGAUUAUGUGCGUGAGGAUAUGGAAGAAGCUGGUGUCAUGGAAAACAGAGAUCAAAUUGGUAUGGCCUUUCAUGCUGAGAAUAGGGUAGUUGAUGAUAUGGGCGAUGAAGAUGAUGACAUGGGCGAUGAUGGCGAGGAUGAUGAGGAUGAUGAUGACGGGGACGAAGAGGAUGAAGAUAUUGGAGAAGAUGGCACUGCACUGAUGUCUCUAGCUGAUACUGAUGUGGAGGAUCAUGAUGAAGCUGGUGGGGAUGAAUAUAACGAGGAUAUGGUUGAUGAAGAGGAUGAUGAUUUCCAUGAGAAUCGUGUUAUUGAGGUUAGGUGGAGGGAAGCCCUAGAUGGGCUGGAUCAUUUACAAGUACUUGGGCAACCAGGAACUGGGGGUGGACUCAUUGAUGUUGCUGCGGAGCCCUUUGAAGGAGUGAAUGUGGAUGACCUUUUUGGCCUUCGUAGAACUUUUGGAUUUGAACGUCGCCGUCAGAUAAACAGAAAUUCGUUUGAGCGAUCUGCCACAGAUAGGACUGGUCUUCGACAUCCUCUCCUCUCGAGGCCAUCACCAUCUUCUGAUUUGGUUUCAAUGUGGUCUGCAACUGGAAAUUCAGCCAGGGAUGUUGAAGGUUUCUCUACCGGAAAUCUUGAUGCAUCUCAUUUUUACAUGUUUGAUGCUCCAGUUCUUCCCUAUGACAAUGCACCAUCUAGUCUCUUUGGUGAUCGAGUAGGUGGUUCAGCACCGCCACCAUUGGCAGAUUUUUCUGUUGGUUUGGAGUCUCUUCGAGUGCCUGGGCGAAGGGUGUCUGGUGAUGGCCGGUGGACAGAUGAUGGCCAACCCCAAGCUGGUGGUCAAGCUGCAACUGUUGCUCAGGCAAUUGAAGAACUGUUCAUAUCUCAAAUGAGCAACAAUGCUCCCAAUCAUCUGAAUGAAAGGCUGUCAGAAAACACGUCUGCGAAACAGCAGGCAGAUACCCUCUUGGUUGCUGAUAGUCAAGUGCCACUAGAUGGUGAUAGCACUGUUGCUCAACAGCAUGAUGUACAAAUUCAGGAGAAUGAUCCUGGAAUUGAUCGAUUAGGUGAAGGUCAGUGUUCUCAGGAAGCAGUUGAUCGGGAGGUUGUUACUGAACAAGCAGGUGAUCCCCAUCAACUGAGUGAACCUGCAGCCAAUUUAAUUUCGGAGAACACUCCAGAAGCACAGGAUAUCAUGGAAACUGGGGAAGAAAAUGGCAGUGCCAUGGAGCAAUUAAGUGUUAUGCAGGGUUCAGUUGCCCCAUCAAUGUACUCACAGGCUGAUCCAGUUGGUUCUAGGAGUUCUGAUGGACUUGGUAGUCCCCAUUAUUUGCACCUGCAAAAUUUAGGCCAUCAUAGCCCAUCAGCAGCUGAUAGUCAGUCUAGUAAUCAUGCACUUAUAAUUACUGGGUCAGAUAUGCCGGAUGCUACUCUUAGUCAUGCUUCUUCUGUCAAUGCUGAUGUUGAUAUGAAUGCAGUGUUUAUGGAAGGAGACCAGUCUUAUCAAUUGCUAUCUACUUCGGACGUCAACGGAGAGGAGCCAUCCUAUAGGCAGAUUGAGGUUGUCCAAGAGGCUAGUCAGACUGAUGAAACUAAUGUGAAUAAUGACGCUUCUAAUGGCAAUGGUAUUGAUCCAACCUUUUUGGAAGCACUUCCUGAAGAUCUGCGAGCAGAAGUUCUUGCCUCACAGCAAGCCCAGUCCACUCAGCCUCCAACUUAUACUCCACCAGCAGCUGAAGACAUAGAUCCAGAGUUUUUAGCAGCUCUUCCUCCAGAUAUACAAGCAGAAGUUCUGGCACAACAAAGAGCACAAAGGGUUGCACAGCAGGCUGCUGGGCAGCCUGUUGAAAUGGAUAAUGCCUCAAUUAUUGCCACUUUCCCGGCUGAUUUGCGUGAAGAGGUGCUUUUAACAUCUUCAGAAGCAGUUUUAUCUGCUUUGCCCUCUCCUCUGCUUGCUGAAGCACAAAUGCUGAGGGACAGAGCAAUGAGUCAUUAUCAAGCUCGCAGCUUGUUUGGAGGUAGCCACAGGUUUAACCAUCGGAGAAAUGGCUUGGGCUUUGAUAGGCAUGCGGUGAUGGACCGAGGUGUUGGGGUUACAAUUGGCAGGAGGGCGUCGUCUUCUAUUACAGAGAGUUUGAAGUUGAAGGAACUUGAAGGGGAGCCACUCUUGGAUGCAGACUCCUUGAAGGCAUUGAUUCGUCUCUUGCGAUUAGCACAACCUCUUGGUAAAGGUCUUCUGCAACGACUCUUGUUGAACUUAUGUGCGCACAGUAGUACAAGAGCCAUUCUUGUUCAUCGUCUGCUUGAUGCCCUCAAGCCUGUAAACGAAGGAUCAGUUGGUGGACUGACAACAUCGAAUUCACUAAGGCUUUAUGGGUGUCAGUCCAAUGUUGUUUAUGGCCGAUCUCAGUUGUUUGAUGGCCUUCCUCCACUGGUGUUGCGUCGGAUUCUUGAGAUUUUGACUUACCUUGCCAACAAUCAUUCAGCUGUUGCCAGUCUUCUGUUCUUUUUUGAUUCUUCUCUUGUUCCAGAAGCCCUAAAUGCAGACACUUCAGAAACCAAGAAGGAUAAAGGCAAGGAGAAAAUGUUGGAAGGAGACAACCAAUCAAACAGUUUGGGAUGCUCUGAAAAGGGCGAUAUCUCUUUGAUAUUGUUUCUCAAACUCUUGAGUCAACCUCUGUUCUUACGCAGCAUUGCUCAUCUUGAGCAGGUCAUGGGUCUCAUUCAAGUGGUGGUACACACUGCAGUAUCCAAAUUAGAAUGUCAAUCUCAUUCUGAAGAAGCAGCAGCUCACAUUCAAAAUCCAUCCAGUGGUGGGAAUAUUGGUGAUGUUGAGAAAGACAGUUCUUUGUUACCAGUUGAAUCAAAUCAUCAAGAUGAUGAAAGCAACCCUGCUAGGAAAUCCACCCCACACUGUGAGAAGAACAUGAACAUCUAUCAUAUAUUCUUGCAGCUUCCACAAUCUGAUCUGCACAAUCUCUGCAGCAUUCUUGGCCAUGAGGGGCUUUCAGACAAGAUUUACAUGCUUGCUGGUGAGGUGCUGAAGAAGUUGGCCUCUGUUGCUGCUCCUCAUCGCAAAUUCUUCAUUUCAGAGCUUUCAGGCUUAGCUCAAGAAUUGAGCAGCUCAGCUGUUAAUGAGCUUAUCACUCUUAGAAAUACACACAUGUUGGGUUUGAGUGCUGGAUCCAUGGCUGGUGCUGCUGUUCUUCGGGUGCUGCAAACAUUAAGUACAUUCACUUCUGUGAGCAAUGAUAGUAACAGGGACACAAUGACUAUUGAGGAACAGGAAGAGCAUGCUAAUACGUGGAAGCUAAAUGUGGCUCUGGAACCACUGUGGCAAGAACUGAGUGAAUGCAUUAGCGCUAUGGAGUCAGAGCUUACACAAAGCUGUUUGUCUUCUGUUAUGCCCAAUGUUAACAUUGGGGAGCAUAUACAGGGUUCUUCAUCUGUGUCUCCGCCUCUUCCUCCUGGAACUCAAAGACUUUUGCCAUUUAUUGAGGCCUUCUUUGUCUUGUGUGAGAAACUACAGGCACACAAUUCUUUCAUUCACCAAGAUUAUGCUGAUGCUACUGCAAGAGAGGUGAAAGAGUCUGCAGGGAGUCCAGUUUUGUUUUCUAGCAAAUACAGUUUGGAUUCUCACAGGAGAAUUGAUGGGACUUUGACAUUUACUCGGUUUUCUGAGAAGCAUCGUCGCCUUCUAAAUGCCUUUGUCAGGCAGAAUCCUGGGCUGUUGGAAAAGUCUCUUUCUAUGUUGCUGAAAGCGCCACGGCUUAUUGAUUUUGACAACAAGCGAGCUUAUUUCCGCUCAAGAAUACGGCAACAGCAUGAGCAACACCUCUCAGGGCCUUUACGAAUAAGUGUCCGGCGAGCAUAUGUAUUAGAGGAUUCAUACAAUCAGUUGCGGAUGCGACCAACUCAGGACCUGAAGGGCCGACUAAACGUCCAUUUUCAAGGUGAAGAGGGUAUUGAUGCCGGUGGGUUGACACGAGAAUGGUACCAACUGCUCUCCAGGGUUGUAUUUGACAAAGGGGCUUUGCUAUUCACCACUGUGGGAAACAAUGCUACUUUCCAGCCAAACCCAAAUUCUGUCUAUCAGACUGAACAUCUCUCUUAUUUUAAAUUUGUAGGCCGCGUGGUUGCGAAGGCACUGUUUGAUGGGCAACUGUUAGAUGUGUACUUUACGCGAUCAUUCUACAAGCAUAUCCUUGGUGUGAAGGUGACUUAUCAUGAUAUAGAGGCUGUUGAUCCAGAUUAUUAUAAAAACCUGAAAUGGAUGCUGGAGAAUGAUGUGAGCGAUGUACCUGAUCUCACAUUCUGCAUGGAUGCUGAUGAAGAAAAGCACAUUCUGUAUGAGAAAACAGAGGUAACUGGUUAUGAGCUUAAACCUGGCGGAAGCAACAUAAGAGUCACAGAGGAAACAAAGCAUGAAUAUGUGGAUCUUGUGGCUGACCAUAUUCUGACAAAUGCAAUACGGCCUCAAAUUAAUUCCUUCAUGGAGGGCUUCAAUGAAUUAGUGCCAAAGGAACUUAUAUCUAUCUUUAAUGAUAAAGAGCUUGAGCUGCUAAUAAGUGGUCUUCCAGAAAUAGAUUUGGAUGAUUUAAAGGCCAACACCGAGUACACAGGAUACACAGCUGCAUCUUGUGUUGUUCAGUGGUUUUGGGAAGUUGUCAAAGGCUUCAAUAAGGAAGAUAUGGCAAGAUUAUUGCAAUUUGUUACUGGUACAUCUAAGGUUCCUUUGGAGGGCUUUAAGGCAUUGCAAGGUAUUUCUGGUGCUCAGAGGUUUCAAAUUCACAAGGCAUAUGGAGCUCCUGAAAGACUGCCAUCAGCUCAUACAUGUUUCAACCAACUGGACCUCCCCGAAUAUACGUCGAAGGAACAGCUUCAAGAGCGCUUGCUACUGGCUAUCCAUGAAGCUAGUGAAGGAUUUGGCUUUGGAUAAAAUAUCUCAGAAGUGUCUGCCCUAGAAGUUGGUGGAAUUUGAUACUGCAAUUUCAUGUACAUAUCAUGAAGCAUUAAAGCUCAAAUCAGAUAUUCGUAGCAUACAAGUCAAAUUGAAUUUUCGACUUAACGGGGAUGCAUCAGAUUUUCGAAGUUUGAGAUGGGGGUAAUUUCAGGCACCGUCGCCCUUUUCUGAAGCAAAUUUUUGCGUCUUUGAUCCCGUGGCUAGGAAAUUGGUUAUUUAUGGCUCCUUGCCACAUCUAUGGAUCAGGAGACGCAUAAUUAAUGAAGACUCAUUUGUAUAUACAUUCUUUUUUGUUUUUAUAUAUUAAUAUCUGCUGGGGAGAAGUUUUUCCUUUUUGUGCAUGAUGGCCUUGAGACUCCUAUAUCUAAAUAAAUAUUCGUGGAUGAAGCUUUCCAAGA